AUGAGCGAGAGAGUUGAUACAAGUAUAUUUUGUUCAUCGGCACUUAAACUACCAAGUCGUACUGUGCCAGACAUACAGCCAAAUAUAUGCACAUCACCAUGUAUCGAAUCACCAAAAGAUCAAAUAAAUGAAAAUCAAAUUAUCAAGCAGACCAAUGUUAACAAUAAUAUAAAACAAACUCAGCAACAGAUAGUGAAAUUAGCUGAUAAUUUAUUAAAUGUUGCAGACAGUGAUCAAGAUCUAAUAGAUAAAUUUACACCACCAACAAUAAUGACACCCACUUGGGUGCCAAGUUUGAGGUAUCCACCAUUAGCACCAAAAAGAACAAAUAAUCGUGUGGGACAACAAUUUGAAUAUGAUGAAUCGUCCACAUCAACAUCUACAACAGCUCUUGUUGCAACAAUCACUAGUCAUCAUCGACGUGAAUGGGGAAUAGAUAAAACUCUUGAUAAUCUUUUUCAGACAACAUCAUCAGUUGGAAAGGGAGUAAUUGUUGUUGGUAUUGAUAAUGGUGGAAGUGAAAGAUUGAAUGAAUUAACUCCAUUUUCUAAUUCACAGUAUGGAGGUGGUCAGGCAGACAAAUAUUUAGAGUUUAUUAUACAAAAAUUAAAACCGUACAUUGAUACACAUUUUCAAACAAAAUCGGAACGUCAACAUACAGUUAUUUUAGGCAGUUCAUCAGGCGGUCUGGUAAGUUUUUAUGCAGCUGCACGUUAUUCUCAUAUAUUCGGUCGUGUAGGCGUGUUUUCGCCAUCAUUUUGGUUCAGUGAUGAAAUUUAUCGAUAUGCCGGCGCCAUGUGCACUUUAUCUGAUAUUAAUCCCAAAUUAUAUUUUGUUUGUGGAGGAAAAGAAAGUGCCAGUACAAUUCCAGAUAUGGAAAAAAUGAUUCAACUAUUCAUUGAUAAUAAAAAAUAUACGAUAGAUAAAAAUAUAAAAUCAGUUGUAAAAAAUGAUGGAGAACAUUCCGAAUGGUUUUGGAAAAGAGAAUUUGUUGGCGCAAUACAAUGGUUGUUCAAUGAUUAA